CAGCAGGAGACAUUUCCUAUGAGUGAGGGGUCAACUAAUCCCCGCUGUGGGAUCCCCAUUGCUUUUGACAUUUACCCUAUGUCAAAGCACAGCCUUGAAAGGGACUAUCCUGCCUGGGGCUGCUGGGCAGCAUGUGUGUCUAGGGGUGUGUGUAUAGGGGUGCCCGUUCCUCUCGCUGAGUCCUCACUCUAAUUCACUGCUGUGCUAUUUCCUCCCUGCUGCAGACAUUACAUGGUGGUGAUCCCUGCAGACCUCCACUACCCGUCAUCCCAGGCUGCCUGUGUGCAUAUCAACUAUAACGCGGGGAAGCUCUAUGUGACCCUGCUGCUGGAGCACUCUGGGGGACAGGAUGUCUUGUUGCGAAAAGAGAUCACGAAGGAGAAGACCUUUGGGUGUCGCAAGUUCCAGGUUGUGCUUCCAGCUAACAGCACCGAGGAGGUUGCCAGCAUCAAACUGUUCAUCACUGGCCGCAGGAUCGAUGUUCAUGAGGAGAAGAAGGUUCUGAUCCGCAGAGUCAACAGCGGCACCUUCAUUCAGACAGACAAGCCCAUUUACAAACCAGGACAGACAGUGAAAUUUAGAAUCGUGACCCUGAAUGAGGAUUUCAUUCCACUCAAUGACACGUAUCCGUUGGUGUUUCUUCAGGACCCUAACAAUAACCGGAUUGGCCAAUGGCUGGAUGUGGCUCCACAGGAAGGCAUUGCAGAUCUGUAUUUCCAGUUAGCUGCUGAGCCCCCACUGGGGAUGUACAUCAUCAGCGUGGCCAACGAGAAAGCACACAGCAGCUUCUCCGUGGAGGAGUACGUGCUGCCAAAAUUUGAAGUGGUUUUUGAGGAGCCAACUCAGAUUUAUGCUUUGGAUAAAACCUUCCUGCUCCGCAUGUGUGGCAGAUACACCUAUGGGAAAGGCGUGCAGGGGAAGAUCCAGGUGAGCCUGUGCCAGAAGAGUUGGUGGUAUUUCUACAGUACCCAGCGACCUCCUCUCUGUCAACACUACAACAACCAGACUGAUAAGAUGGGUUGCUUCUCCACGUCUGUGUAUCUUUCUGUCUUCAACCAGAUCUCCUCUGAUUACCGCAGCAACAUAGAUACAGUGGUCACAUUGGUAGAGGAUGGCACAGAGGUGCAGGUCAAUGCCUCCCGCAGCUUCUUCAUCUCCAGGACAGCUGGGACGGCCACGUUUGAGGAGGUUAAUCCUUAUUACUACACUGGCGAGAUCUACACAGGGAAGAUUAAAAUCGUCGAUCACCAAGGCAAAGCAAUGAAUAACACACCAGUUUACCUUAUACUAAGCUACACCAGGCUGCGGUUUAACAAGACAUACAUCACAGAUGACUCUGGAAGAGCUUCCUUUGAGCUAAACACGAAUGCUUGGAAUGGUGCCUCGGUCUCUUUGGAGGGGAGAUUCCUGCUUCAGGACCCAGUAUAUGUGCCAGGGACAGUCAAUGUGUAUUACCAGAAUGCCUACCACUUCAUACAGCCAUUGUACACCACUACCAAGAGCUUCCUCAGGAUCGUACGUGUUCCAGGAACACUGCCCUGUGGCAAAAAUGAGAGGGUGCAGGUGGACUUCAGAAUUUACCAGAAAGACUUGAGUUAUGGUCCCAAGAGUGUGGAUUUUUCCUAUUAUGUCAUUGGGAAAGUGGGGAUUGUCCUUUCAGGUCAGAAGACUUUCUUGGUUGGGUCAUCAAAGAUGAUGACGGGCACUUUCUUCAUUCCUCUGGUCUUCACCUCCGACUACGCCCCAGCUCCUACCAUUGUAGUUUAUGUCAUCUUCCCCACUGGAGGAAUCAUAGCUGAUAGUGCCCCCUUCAGGGUCUCCAUGUGCUUCAAAAAUGAGGUGAAGAUAGGGUUCUCAGAGGAUGAGGCCCUCCCUGGAUCUGAGGUCAGUCUCCGGCUGCAGGCAGCUCCCAGAUCCCUGUGCGCUGUCCGAGCUGUGGAUCAGAGUGUCCUACUGAUGAGGCCAGAGAGAGAACUGAGCAACUCCAUGAUCUAUGGGCUGUUCCCCCAUAUUUUUCGUGGUGGAUACCCUUACCAAGUGUCUGAAGAUGACUUCUUAUGCUGGUCUCGCGAACCUCACCAGCCUGACGUGUUUAUGGUGUUCAGAGAAAUGGGCUUGAAAAUCAUGUCCAACACCUAUAUCAAGAAGCCGAGAGAGUGCACAACUACUGUGGCUAUGACAACAACAAUGGUGACUGAAUUGGAGAGCAUGGUCUCCGUGCUAACCAGACCUACAUUUCUCACAACAUUCCUUGUGAGUCUCACAACAACAGCACCUAGGACCACCAUUUCUCCACCUGCACCUCCAGUUGAGGAGAAAGUUCGCAAGUAUUUCCCAGAAACCUGGAUGUGGGAUUUGUUUUCGGUUGGUCCCACUGGAAACAGGGAUGUCCCAGUCACGGUGCCUGACACCAUCACUGAGUGGAAAGCGGGGGCAUUCUGCACAUCAGAGGUGGGCUUUGGACUUGCCCCAACCACGAGCCUCCUGGCUUUCAAGCCUUUCUUUGUAGAGCCCACACUGCCAUACUCUGUGAUCCGGGGAGAGACUUUCACCCUGAAAGCUACUGUCUACAACUACCUGCUGCAGUGCAUCAAGAUCAAAGUGGCCCUGGCUGAGUCCCCAAACUUCCAGUUGGAGCCAUGUGAGGGUUGCGUCUACACCAGCUGCUUGUGUGCCAGUGAAGCCAGGACAUUUCAUUGGAGAGUCACAGCUAAACAACUAGGGUCAGUGAACAUCACCCUUAGCACAGAGGCCCUGGCCACCAAAGAUCUCUGUGGAGGGGAGGUACCAGUUGUACCAGAGAGAGGACGGACAGAUACACUGAUCAAACCCCUUUUAGUCCAGCCAGAGGGAGUUCUUGUGGAGAAGGCUCACAGCUCCUUGCUUUGCCCUAAAGGAGUAACUCCAGCGCAGGAUUCUGUGUCCCUGGAGCUGCCCCCGGAUGUGGUCGAAGGUUCAGCGAGAGCCACCAUCUCUGUCAUGGGUGACAUCAUGGGGACGGCGCUGCAGAACCUGGACCGGCUGGUGCAGAUGCCCAGUGGCUGCGGGGAGCAGAACAUGGUGCUGUUCGCCCCCAUCAUCUACGUGUUGCAGUAUCUGGAGAAGACGGGGCAGCUGACCCCAGAGAUCAGGGAGAGGGCGACGGGAUUCCUGCGCAGCGGGUACCAGAGGCAGCUGCUCUAUAAACACCAUGAUGGCUCCUACAGCGCAUUUGGUACCAUAGACCAGGAAGGUAACACCUGGCUGACAGCGUUUGUGGCCAAGUGCUUUGGCCAGGCCAGGCCAUACAUCUUCUUAGAUGACAGGAACAUCCGGGAUGCACUGAGCUGGCUGCAGAUUUACCAGUUGGCCAGCGGCUGCUUCAGGAGCGUGGGGAAGCUCUUCCACACAGCCAUGAAGGGCGGCGUGGAUGGGGAGGUGCCCCUGGCUGCCUACAUCACUGCAGCACAUCUGGAGAUAGGGGAAGCACUGAAUAGCUCCGUGGUGAACAAGGCCUUGAGCUGCCUCACUAGUGCCCUCCCCAACGUUACCAGCACCUACACGCAGGCACUGCUGGCCUACGCCUUUGCUCUGGCCCAGGACAACCAGCGCACACAGGAGCUGCUCACUAAACUAGACCAAAAAGCCAUCAGAACAGGAGGGCAGAUUCACUGGAGCCAGGCCCCCUCCCUGCCCCCUAGUGCUGGUGUGUGGUCCCAGCCCCAGUCGGUGGACGUGGAGCUGACGUCCUACGUGCUCCUGGCCCUGCUCUCCAAGCUGAACGUCACUGGGGCUGACGUUGGCACAGCCUCGGGCAUUGUGGCCUGGCUCACCAAGCAGCAGAACGCCUAUGGUGGCUUCGCUUCCACGCAGGACACAGUGGUUGCCCUGCAGGCUUUGGCCAAAUACGCGGCCCUGACGUACAGCGAGAAGGGAGACUUGGAGGUGAUAGUGAAGUCCAAGGGGAGCUUUGAGAGAGAGUUCCAGGUCACCCACAAGAACCGGCUGCUCCUGCAGCAAGCGCUGCUAACAGAAAUCCCCGGGGAGUUCGCAGUGCAGGCCCAGGGCAGCGGCUGCGUCUAUGCCCAGACCGUGCUGAGGUACAACGAGCCUCCCCCACAGGUCUCUGUGACCUUCUCUCUGCGCGUCACCACGCAGCUGAUCGACUGCGCCAAGGGUGACAUGCGCGUUGUCACCGUCCGCAUCCAUGUCAGCUACAUCGGGAGCAGAGUCACUUCCAACAUGGUGAUCGUGGAGGUUUCCGUAUUGUCCGGAUUCAGCCUUGCUUCAGGCUCCCGCACAUCAUUGCAGAGCAGUCCCCUGGUGAGGAAAACGGAGGUGAGCCAGAGCGGUGUCUCCAUCUACUUGGACCAGCUGAGCAAUACGACUCAGACAUAUGCCCUGCAACUGGAACAGGAGAUCGAGGUGAUCAACCUGAAGCCAGGACACAUCAGAGUCUACGACUACUACCAGCCAGAGGAGCAGGCCCUGGCUAAUUACAGUGCCAUCUGCAGCUGAGGUGAUCUCCCCCUUUCUGUUCCAGCACACAGGGAGGAAGAUGUCAGAUGGAAGUCGGGCUCCCAGCAGCAGGCCCUGCCCCCGUUCAGCAGGAUUCCUGAGCUGUCCUUGCUGGAUCGAGGGGACAAGGGGCUGGGACAUUGGCACUGGGUGGGUGGGGGAUCUCCAUGGGCUUCAUAUUGGAUUGCAGGACUAGGCUCAGGCUAACAUUCCUCGCCCCAGUAGCCAUUUCCUGGUGAAUUUUUUUGUGUGUCUGAUUAUUUUUGAUCAUUUGAAUCUGGGAAUUUUCUUGAGUCUGAAAAGAAUAAAAAUAAAAUGGAAAUCACAUACCCCAGACACUGCGGUAUUUGAUUGGACUCCAUAACAACAGUCAUCCCAGAAGAAAUUUGUGGGUAAUUUGUGAGGCUGACGCUACUGGUGUGUCCCUGACAUUCACUUCUGUUCUCCCAGUGAUAAUUUCAUAGAUUCAUAGGCCAGAAGGGAACCAUUGUGAUCAUCUAGUCUGAUCUAGUGUAUAACUCAAGCCAUAGAACUUCCCAGAAAUAAUUCCUAGACCGGAUCUUUUAGAAAAAAAAACAUUCAAUCUUGAUUUAACAAUUGUCAGUGAUGAAGAAUCCACCACAAUCCUCAGUAAAUUGUUCCAAUUGUUCAUUAAUCCCACUGUUAAAAAUGUAUGCCUUAUUUCCAGUCUAAAUUUGUCUAGCUUCAAUUUAUAGCCUUUGGAGCAUGUUAUACCUUUCUGUGCUAGGCUGAAGAGCCAAUUAUUAAACAUUUGUUCCCCGUGUUGAUAUUUAUAGGCUGUAAUUGAGUUAUCCCUUAAUUUUCUCUUUAAGCUUUAAUAGAUUAAGCUUUUUGAGUCUAUUUUCUGAUCCUUUAGUCAUUCUUAUAGCUCUUCUCUGAACCCCCUUCAAUUUAUUAACAACCAUCUUGAAUUUUGGGCACCAGAACUGGACACAGUAUUCCAGCAGCGAUCUCACCAGCCCCAAAUAUGGAGGUAAAAUAACCUUUUUACUGCUACUCGAGAUUCCCCUGUUUAUGCAUUCCAGGGUCACGUCAGCUUUUUUUGCCAUCACACUUGGAGUGCAUGUUCAGUUGAUUAUCCAUCACAACCCCCAGAUCUUUUUCAGUCGCUGUUUCCCAGGAUAGAGUCCCCCAUCCUGUAAGUAGGGCCUACAUUCUUUGUUCCUAUAUGUACACAUUUACAUUUAGCUGUGCUAAAAUACAUAUUAUUUGCUUGCAUCCAGUUUACCAAGCAAUCCAGACAGCUCUGAGCCAGUGACCUCGCCUCUUCAUUAUUUACCACUCUCCCAAUUUAUGUCAUCUGCCAACUUUAUCAGUGAUGAUUUUGUUUUUUUACAGAUCAUUGAUAAAAAAGGCUAAAUAGCAUAGGGCCAAGAACCAGUCCAUGCAGGACCCCACUAGAAACACACCUGCUUGAUGAUUAUUUCCUGUUUACAAUCACAUUUUGAGACUAUCCGUUAGCCAGUUUUUAAUCCAUUUAACGUUUGCCAUGUUAAUUUUAUAUUGUUCUAGUAUUUUAAUCAAAAUAUCAUGCAGUCCCAAGUCAAAUGCCUUAUAGAAGUCAAAAUAUAUUAUGUCAACACUAUUACAUGUAUCUGACACACUUGUAACCUCAACAAAAAAAAGAUAUCAAGUUAGUAGGACAGGAUUUAUUUUCCAUAAACCCAUGAUGAUUUGCAUUAAUUACAUUACCCUCCUUUAAUUGUUUAUUCAUUGAGUCCUGUAUAAGUUGCUUCAUUAUCUUGCCAGCGAUUGAUGUCAGGCUGUCAGGCCUGUAAUUACCCGGGUCAUCCCAUUUACCCUUUUUAAAAAUUGGCACAACAUUAGAUUUUUUCCAGUCCUCUGUAACUUUCCCAGUGCUCCAAGACUUAUUUAAAAUGAACAUGAAUGGUCCAGGAAGCUGCUUGGCCAGCUCUUUUAAAACUCUUGGCUACAAGUGAUCUAGACCUGCUAAUUUAAAAUGUCUAACUUUAGUAACUUCUGUUUAAUAUCUUUCAGAGAUGCUAGUGGAAUGGAAAGAGUGUUAUCACUUUAUGAUAAGACUAUAUCAUCUGUUUUUUUCCCCAAAUACAGAAUAGAAUAUUUACUGAAUACUUCUGCCUUUUCUGAUUUAUUAUAAAUAAUUAAUUCUACCAUUUCCAUCUAGUAAUGGACUAAUACCAUUUUCAGAAUUCUUUUUGUUCCUAAUAUAUUUUUAAAACGCCUUAUUGUCAUUAACUCUACUGCCCAUAGAUUUCUCCUUGUGUCCCUUUGCUUCAUUUAUCAAUUUUCUACAAUUCUUAGCUUCUGAUUUAUAUUCAUUAUGAUCAGCUUCCCUUUCUUUCAUUUGUUAAAUAUUACUCUUUUUUUUAUAGUUGCCUUCACUUCCUCUCUAAACCAGGAGGGUUUUUAACCAGCAUGGCCUUCUUCCUCAAUUGUGGGAUUGCAGCUUUUUGGGCAUCUAAUAAAGUGUUCUUAAAUGAUUCCCAAUUAUCAUUCACAUUUUUCUAAUUAAAUUCUUCCUCCCAACUGAUUUGCCUAAUAAUUGUUUUCAGCUGUAUGAAAUUGGCCCCAUUAAAGCAUCAAGUAUAUUUA